AUGGCCCAGGAAUCUGUGGGUGUCGUUGUGAAUCGUUGCCUUGACAACAUUGUAGCAGGAGGUGUCCAGAUCAGUGGGUUGCAUGCAACAGUAGCUCCACGACGCCAGCAGCAACAGACGCAACCCAUUCUGCAGGAGUUCCACUUCACCCCAUAUUUUGAGAAUGACUACCUGAUUAGUAAUGAGAAACUUCGCUCCUGCCUAGCACAGUGCAAAGGUUUUGUGCAGAAGCUACAGGACAAAUUGUCCAAUCAUGGACUGAAGCUUUCUUUCUCUGGUCUACCAACUGGUGGAACCACUGCUGCUAGCACCACUGGAUCAGAGAAAGGACUCCUGCACAUGCUUGAUGUACUGUGUGCUCUAGACCUGAAUGGGAAUCUUUGGUCAGAACUGCAGCAAACAGUGGAGACUGAGAAAGAUUGUCUACGUGAGGAUGAGUUACUGAAUGGACUACUGGAUAGCCCAGCAUUGAAAAUCUGCCUUGAUAUCUCCUUGGAAAACAUCGUGAACAAAAAGAUGAAGAUCAUAGAGGUUUCAGCUGCCAAUGGAAACUUGUUCUCUCGCAUUGUUCCUUUACUGAACAACCAGCCAAUCAUCCAUCUUGAUUAUAUUGCCACUGAUCUGAACCCUGAUUCCUUGUCAGCCAAUCAGAAUCAGCUCCAGGAGCUGUGUGUUUCCAUUGAUCAGUGGAAUCCCCUGAAUCCUGCCUCUUCCAAUCUGGCCAAUGCUCAGCUAGUUACCUGUAACAGUUCAGCGUUUCUUUUUGAGGACCCUCAGACUGUUGUCUCCAAUAUGGCUGCUGCCUUGAAAGAUGGUGGAUUUUUGUUGCUGCACACCCUUCUUAAAGGUGAAAUCCUGGGCGAGACAAUUGCCUUCCUUACAGGAAAGGACCCUAAGCAAUCACAGGGGCUUCUAACGCAGAGCGAGUGGGCAGAGGUAUUUGAUCAGGCCUCGCUUGAUUUGAUUAGCAUGAAGAAAUCAUUCUAUGGUUCUGUCAUGCUCUUGGGACGCAAGAAGACUGAACCCAAGAACCCAGUUUUCCUGGCAGCCCACCCAACGGAUUUCAGCUGGAUUGAGCCUUUGAAAAAAAUCUUAGAAGACCCUUCAGAAGAUCCAGUCUGGCUUACGGUCACUAAUUGUGGCAAUUCAGGAAUUGUUGGAAUGGUGAAUUGCCUUCGUCAGGAACCAUAUGGACAUAGAAUACGGUGUGUAUUUGUAACAAAUUUAAUCUCUUCCUCGUCUGUUCCAUCCCUGGAUGCUUGUGGAAAGGACAUGAAGGCCAUUCUCCAAAAUGACUUGGUGAUGAAUGUCUAUCGCGAUGGACAUUGGGGGAGUUUCCGACACAUUUUCAAACAAGAUCAAAAUAAGGAACAGACGGAGUUUGCCUAUGUAAAUGUGCUGACUCGUGGAGACUUGUCAUCCCUCUGUUGGAUUUUAUCACCACUGCAACACUUCACUUCCAAUGAUCCUAAUAUUCAGUUGUGCAAGGUGUAUUUUGCUUCUCUCAACUUCCGUGAUAUCAUGCUGGCAACGGGCAAGCUGCCACCUGAUGCUAUCCCUGGUGAUGCAGCUUUGCAGCACUGCCUGUUAGGAAUGGAAUUUUCAGGUCGUGACCCCAGAGAGAGGAGAGUGAUGGGACUGCUCCCUGCCAAGGGGUUGGCAACAGUUGUUGAUUGUGACAUGCGAUUCCUGUGGGAUGUCCCAGAAAAUUGGACUUUGGAGGAGGCUGCUUCAGUGCCAGUUGUUUAUGCAACUGCAUAUUAUGCGCUAGUGGUGAGAGGUCGCAUUAAGAAGGGUGAGAGUGUACUUAUCCAUUCGGGAUCAGGUGGAGUUGGACAGGCUGCCAUUUCUAUUGCCCUCAAUUUGGGAUGUCGUGUCUUUGCUACUGUUGGUUCAAGGGAAAAGCGUGUAUAUCUUCAGCAACGUUUCCCACAAUUGAAUGACGAAUCUUUUGCAAAUUCAAGAGACACUUCCUUUGAACAGCAUGUGCUGCGAGCAACUGGUGGCAAAGGAGUGGACCUGGUACUGAAUUCACUAGCUGAAGAGAAGCUGCAGGCCAGUGUCCGUUGCCUGGCUCGACAUGGACGUUUCCUGGAGAUUGGCAAAUAUGACCUUUCUAAUAACAAUCCACUUGGUAUGGCUGUCUUCCUGAAGAAUAUUGCAUUCCAUGGAAUUCUCCUGGAUGCUCUGUUUGAAGAAGGAAACAAGGAAUGGGAAGAAGUGUCUGAGCUCCUGAAGGAUGGAAUACGCAGCGGAGUGGUCAAACCCUUGAAGACCACAGUGUUCGACCGAGAUGAUGUGGAGUCUGCUUUCCGUUUUAUGGCACAGGGUAAACAUAUUGGAAAAGUUGUGCUGAAGGUUCGAGAAGAAGAAGGUAGAUCCCCUUCUGCACAUUCAGAACAGCUCGCCAUUGCUGCUGUCCCCCGUACUGCCUGUCCUGCAGCAAAGUCAUACAUCAUCACAGGAGGUCUCGGAGGGUUUGGUUUGGAGCUGGCAAAUUGGCUGAUCGAGAGAGGUGCUCACAAACUUGUCCUGACAUCUCGCUCUGGAAUACGCAAUGGGUACCAGGCUAAGCGGGUACGUGAAUGGAGGGAUAUGGGCAUUGAAGUCCUCAUUUCUACCAGUGAUGUCUGCUCUUUAGAGGGUACACAGCAUCUUAUUGCAGAAGCCUCUGGUCUUGGCCCUGUGGGUGGCAUUUUCCAUCUUGCCAUGGUCUUAAAAGAUGGCAUGUUGGAGAAUUUGACUCCUAAACUCUUCAAGGAUGUUAAUCAGCCCAAGUACAAUGGCACAAUUCACCUGGACAGGGUCAGUAGGGAGAAAUGCACGGCACUUGAUUAUUUUGUUGUCUUCUCUUCUGUGAGCUGUGGCUAUGGUGUUGCUGGGCAGAGUAACUAUGGUUUUGCAAAUUCUGCCAUGGAACGUAUCUGUGAGCAGAGAUGCCGAGAUGGCCUGGCAGGCCUAGCCAUACAGUGGGGUGCCAUUGGCGAUGUGGGUGUCAUCUUGGAAACCAUGGGCGACAAUGACACUGUAAUCGGUGGAACUUUGCCUCAGAAGAUCAGCUCCUGUUUAGAGGUUCUAGACCAGUUCCUGAACCAGUCACAUCCAGUCAUGUGCAGUUUUGUCCUUGCACAGAAAACGGUAGUUGUAAAGGCUGAUGGCAGUGGUCAACGGGACCUUAUUGAGGCUGUGGCCCACAUACUUGGUGCACGGGACAUCAAUGGUUUAAACCCAGAUACGACACUUGCUGAUCUUGGUCUGGAUUCACUGAUGGCAGUGGAAGUACGACAAACACUUGAGAGGGAUUAUGAAAUCGUCAUGACAAUGAGAGAAAUUCGACAACUCACCAUUAAUAAAUUACGUGAACUUGUGAAUAAAUCUGGCAGUGCAGGAGAAUCAAAGCCCACACCUCUGUCACCGGUAGACUCGCAGUUGAAAGAUUUGGACCUUAAUGUGCUCCUUGUCAAUCCUGAAGGAUCUACCAUUGCCAAGCUAAAUAACGUAGAGAGCAAUGAACGACCUCUCUUCUUUGUGCACCCAAUUGAGGGGUCAGUUGAGGCGUUCAAAACACUUGCAUCCAAAGUCAGCAUUCCCUGCUAUGGCCUACAGUGCACACAAGCUGCACCACUGGAUAGCAUUCCGAACUUGGCUUCCUAUUACCUUGGCUGUAUUAAACAAGUUCAGCCUGAGGGGCCCUACAGAAUUGCUGGUUACUCCUUUGGGGCCUGUGUGGCAUUUGAAAUUUGCACACAGCUGCAAGCACAAGCGAACAUGCCUCGUCCUGUUGACUGCCUGAUCUUACUUGACGGCUCCCACUCGUAUGUGGCUUCCUACACCCAGAGUUACAAAGCAAAACUGACGACUGGAAAUGAUGCUGAAGCAGAAACCAAAGCAAUGUGUGCAUUUGUUGGGCAGUUCACAAACACCGAACACAACAAGCUCUUUGAGAAGUUGCUGCCACUGGAGAACUUGCAAGCAAGGGUCAGUGCAGUUGUUGAUAUGAUCACCACAAACCAUAAAAGCAUCAACCGUAACACACUUAGUUUUGCUGCUACUGCUUUCUACUACAAACUUAAAGCAGCAGACGAAUACAUACCAGCUUCUAAAUUUGGUGGAAACAUCACACUAUUGCGAGCAAAGACCACUCAUGAGCUUCAAGAAGGUAUGGGUGGAGAUUACCAACUCUCUGAGGUUUGUGAUGGAAAGGUCUUAAUUCACGUAAUUGAAGGAGAUCAUUGGACAUUCUUAAAGGGAGCGUCAGUGGAUUCUGUUGUCAGCAUCAUCCACAACACUUUGGCAGAGCCACGAGUUGCUGCCCGGGAGGGCUGAAACAGAAGAUUUAUAUGUUGACCAAUCAGCCACGUUUCCUGGCGUGUGCAAUAGAUUGUACAGCUGUCGAGUCUUUUCACACAAUGAUGUUGUUGCAAAAACUGUAAUUUUACGUUGGCUUAGUUGUAGAUCAAGGCAGUAAAUAUAGUACUUAACGGAGAAACUGGUACAUAGCUGGACCAAAAUGGGCAAACAAGAAAAAACUGACUGAUCUAUUUCUGAGACAUUCAUUGUCUAUGAGGAAAUAGAAGCUGAUGAUACUGCAGUUUUUGAUUUGUCCAGUUGAAUAGCUUGUAAAACAACAAUGUAAUGUGGAACCUACCAAGAGCAUGAUCCAUUCCUCUGUAUUUUUUUUCACAAAAGUAAUGUUUAUAAUUUUUUUCUUCUAAAUUGUAAACUACUUGUGUUUUGUGUGAGGAAUUAAAUAAAGGUCAAAUCUGA